AUGGGUGCCUAUAAAUACUUGCAGGAAAUCUACCGAAAGAAGCAAAGUGAUGUCAUGCGUUUUAUCUUUCGAAUUCGUACAUGGCAUUACCGACAAUUAGCUGCUAUUCAUCGCGCACCAAAAUCAACUCGACCUGAAAAAGCUCGUCGUGUCGGUUACAAAGCUAAAGCUGGCUACGUCAUCUAUCGUGUCCGUGUUCGCCGUGGUUCACGUAAGAAGCCAGUACCAAAAGGUCAAGUCUAUGGUAAACCAAAACACCAAGGUAUUAACCAAUUGAAAUUUCAACGUUCAUUACAAUCGGUUGCCGAAGAACGUGUCGGCCGUCGUUGUCCAACAUUACGUGUUUUGAAUUCAUAUUGGAUUGCCCAAGAUGCAACAUUCAAAUUCUACGAGGUUAUCCUUAUCGAUCCAUGCCACAAAGGUAUUCGUCGUGAUGCACGUAUUAACUGGAUAUGUAAAGCCAACAAGAAACACCGUGAAUUACGUGGAUUGACAUCAGCCGGACGAAAAUCUCGAGGUCUCGGUCAUGGUCAUCGUUAUUCACUUACAACAGGUGGUUCACGCCGCAAAUGCUGGAAACGACGUCAACAACUCAGUCUUCGUCGUUAUCGUUAA